AUGGCCCUGGUGCUAGCCUCAAGAAUUAUCUUCCACUACGUGCUGUCGGUUUUGUCAUGCGCUGCUGCCGUGUGUCUUCUCGCUCUAUCAUUUCUUCCAAGACUAGACGGAACAAUCUGCGACAAUCGAUUUUAUUCCUGGUCACCAGCAGAACCCAUGAUUUCAUACCACUGGGAAUUCUUCAACAAUACUCCCUUCUUUACCGAAGAUGCAUUUUUUAAGCUCAAAGUGGCCGCAGAUCUCGAACAAGCAUGGGCGGAGUUUUUACCACAGCAUCCCAUAUCAAUUUCAAGCGAAAAGUUAGUGGAUCUUAAUCAGUCUUCGGAGUCGAUGUGGGCUCGAUACGAGGACCAGAUCCUCGCGCUCCCAGAGGUGUUUGUCCAGCUUCACUGCCUUCAUUACAUCUGGCAAUACACUCAUCGCCAUGAAUACAGCUAUAAAAAUCUAGCUGGGGUGACAGCAGAGCUACAGCGCAGGCGAGUAGACCAGUGCGUGGAACGCUUGCGGCAAGCCGUGAUGUGCUGGGCGGAUCCAGGGGUUUAUAUCAAGCGCCGAGUCAACGGGAGUAUCGGAGUCAAUCUGGAAACGUAUCACCGCUGUCGCAAUUUCGAAAAGAUUCGACAGUGGACGCUCGCCCAUGGGGUAGAUACAAUCUACAUGCAUGAUGGAUGGUGGAAUGUAAGCUCCUUGCCCGAUAGCGGAGGAGGAAUGAUAUGA